GGGGCCUCCCGCGCCACGUGACCAGUUCCCACCGCCCCCCCCGCCGCCGCCGUCAUGGCCGCCAGGCUCGUCCCCGUCCUCAAGUUUGUCAUCAAAGGAGGCCUGGCUGGGGGUGCUGUGUACGUGGCCUAUGACCAGGGGCUGCUGGGCAGCGGCACACAAGGUGCUGAAGCCUUCAGGAAAGCUCAAGCAGCGCUGCCUCCAGCCAUCCAGGAGUGGAUAAGUUACACAGGCUGGGAGCUCCCACCCAUUCCAAAACUUGAGUUCUCCCCCUCCGAUUCCUGGAAUAAAGGAGUACGGAUGGUGAUGUCUGCCUUGUCUGUGGCUCCCACCAGGGCUUGUGAAUACACUGCAGAAGGCUGGAAGUAUGUGAAGGACCUUGUCAAAUAGCUUCUCUGUUCUCCAGGGUUGUGAUUCCGUCUGUCCCAUGUUGGCUGUGGGAUGAGGCUGAGUCCAGCCCUCGGGAGGGCUGCAAUAAAAGACUUUGGAAUUUCCA